UCAAAACAUUACUCAACUUUAUGAAUGAGAGUGAGAACUGUUGCGCUCUCUAUAUUUAUUGAACCGACAUCAUUACAACAGAUAUAUGAAAUUUCAACAUGAUUUUACUCAGCGCGGAAUUCGUUUUCUUUUAAAAUGCAUAGUUUGUAGCGAAGAAAAAACAAUUAGAUUUCAUUUUUGAGUCUUUAUUUAGAAAAAUAAAAACGAAAUAAAAUGGUGUACCACUGGCAAAGCCACCAUAUCAAACACAGCGGUGUGGAUGAUAUGGUGCUGCUCACCAAAAUUACAGAACCAGCAAUUGUGGAGAACUUGCGAAAGCGGUAUCUUGAUGACCAAAUAUUUACAUACAUCGGUCCGGUGCUCAUAUCAGUCAAUCCUUUCAAACAGAUGCCAUAUUUUACAGAAAGGGAGAUCGAGCAAUACCAGGGUGCAGCAUCCUAUGAAAAUCCACCUCACAUUUAUGCCUUAUCUGAUAAUAUGUAUCGUAAUAUGCUGAUAGACAACGAGAGCCAGUGUGUUAUCAUCAGUGGUGAAAGUGGGGCUGGUAAAACAGUCGCUGCAAAAUAUAUUAUGUCGUACGUAUCACAAGUAUCCGGUGGAGGAUCUCGAGUCCAGAAUAUUAAAGAAAUUAUUUUAGAAUCAAAUCCUUUAUUGGAAGCUUUUGGAAAUGCUAAAACAGUGCGCAACAACAAUUCAUCUCGGUUUGGUAAAUAUAUAGAAAUACAGUUCAGCAAAGGUGGUGAACCAGAAGGUGGAAAAGUCUCAAAUUUUCUGCUGGAGAAGUCUCGUGUGGUGAAUCAAAAUGUAAAUGAGAGGAAUUUCCAUAUAUUCUACCAACUGUGUUCAGGGGUUACACAAGACAUGCAGCAAAAUUUGGGUAUAAUGAAUCCUGACUAUUAUUGGUACUUAAAUCAGAGUGGUACGUUUAAAGUGGAUGGUACAAAUGAUGCCCAUGACUUUCAAGAAACUUUGAAAGCAAUGACAAUCAUGGGCAUGUCAGAAGAAGAGCAAAUGAACGUUCUACAAGUAGUAGCUGGUAUACUACAUUUAGGAAACGUUACAUUUGUCGAAAGUGGAAACUAUGCUGUUGUUGAAGAUGAGCAGUUUUUAGCUUUUCCUGCCUAUUUAUUUGGUGUUGAUGCCGAACUGGUUAAAUCCAAACUGACCAGUCGUGUCAUGGACAGCAAAUGGGGUGGACAGUCAGAGACCAUCCAUAUGCAGUUAAACUUGGAACAAGCAAGUUAUACCAGGGAUGCUUGGGCCAAGGGUCUCUAUGCUCGCCUCUUUGAUUAUCUAGUCAGCGUUGUAAACUCAGCCAUGAAAACAGAAGUGUCUGAACUUACAAUUGGAAUUCUUGAUAUUUAUGGCUUCGAGAUUUUUCAAAAAAAUGGUUUUGAACAAUUUUGCAUAAACUAUGUCAAUGAAAAGUUGCAGCAAAUAUUUAUUGAAUUGACUCUAAAAGCAGAACAAGAAGAAUAUAUUCAAGAAGGCAUUAAGUGGAAUUCCAUUGAAUACUUCAAUAACAAAAUUGUGUGUGAUUUAAUAGAAAAUAAAACUUCACCUCCUGGUAUAAUGCCAAUUGUAGAUGAUGUCUGUGCUACAAUGCAUGCUGUUAGCGAAGGAUCCGAUGCUCAACUUCUUGGUAAAUUGUGUAAGGCUGUUGGUACACAUGCUCAUUUCCAAAGUGCUGGCGGUGGGUUUGUUAUUCAUCAUUAUGCUGGAAAAGUUACUUAUAGUGUUGAUGGCUUCUGUGAAAAAAAUCGAGAUGUUCUCUUCACUGAUAUAAUUCAAGUUAUGCAAAGUAGUGAAAGUUCCUUUAUAAGAAAUCUGUUUCCUGAGAAUGUUUCAGGCACUGUUAGAAGCAGGCCAACUACUGCAGGCAGUAAAAUUAAAACUCAGGCAAAUCAGCUAGUUGAUGCUUUGAUGAAAUGUACUCCUCACUACAUUCGUUGUAUAAAGCCAAAUGAGACUAAAAAACCCCAUGAUUGGGAAGAAGACAGGGUUAAACAUCAGGUUGAAUAUUUAGGUUUAAAAGAAAAUAUUCGUGUUCGAAGAGCUGGUUAUGCUUAUCGUAGGCCAUUCCAGAAAUUUUUACAUCGGUAUGCAAUCCUUACAAAAGAAACGUGGCCUUCUUGGAGAGGUGAUCCUAAACAAGGUGUAGUUCAUAUUUUGAAAAGUGUAAAUAUGGAUGAUGAUAACUAUCAGAUGGGCAAAACAAAGAUUUUCAUCAAAGCUCCCGAGUCACUGUUCUUGCUUGAAGAAAUGAGAGAGAGAAAAUAUGAUGGUUAUGCCCGAGUCAUUCAAAAGGCUUUCCGACAAUAUUUUGCUAGGAAACAAUACCAGAAAUUGAAAGAACAAGCUUCUGAUCUUUUCCUUGGUAAAAAGGAAAGACGACGCUAUAGUAUAAACAGAAAUUUUGUGGGUGAUUACAUUGGAUUGGAUAAUAACCCUGCUCUCAGAGCUUUAAUUGGCAAAAGAGAAAGGGUCGAGUUUGCUCAAACUGUAAAUAAAUAUGACAGAAGGUUUAAGAUUACGAAAAGAGAUUUAAUAUUAUCUUCAAAAUGUGUUUAUCUAAUUGGUAGAGAAAAGGUGAAGAAAGGUCCACAAAAAGGAUACUAUAAAGAAAUAAUAAAGAGAAAAAUUGAAAUAGAAAAUAUAUCUCAUGUUUCAGUUAGUACUCAUCAAGAUGACUUUAUUGUAAUUCAUGUGAAAAAUGACUACAGUAGCCUGUUGGAAAUAGCCUUCAAGACGGAAUUUCUGACACUACUGAAUAAAAAAUUUCAAGAAAAGGCAAAUAGGGCGUUAAAUAUUCAAUUUAGUGACUUACUGGAAUUUAAAGUGAAGAAGGAAGGAUUUGGUGGUGGAGGAACCAAACAAGUCAAAGUUGUGAAUGGCCAAGGAGAUCAGCCAGUUUGUAAAAUAACCGGAAAAAUACUUACAGUUAGUAUUGGCACUGGCCUUCCUAAAGAAUCAAGACCUGGCAAAAGGGAAUUGAAUCUUAGGAACAGAAACUCUGUGCGACCCCUGGUGAAUCAAAAGUCCAGGUCUUCCACUAGAAUAGUUACUCGUAGAAAUGCACCACCUCCACCUACUUCAAACCCAGCUUUGCAGUUAGCACACGCUUUGGAAUCUAGAAAAAUAGCUGAAGCUGUCAAUAAUUCUAAAAAUAAUCAGAGGACUAGUGACAAAAUGCCUGGUUUGACCAGAGCUUUCCUUGAGAAAAAGCUCAGUUCCCAAAACAAAGUCCAGACCAAUGGAAAUAAUCCUCAAGAUUUCUUGAAAACUCCUGAAGCAGGUGUAGCUGGUCUCCAGAGGCUGAAUACCAGACAAAUUAAACCACCUCCUGGUGGUGGAAGACCCAAACCACCAGCCAAACCUAAACCAGCUCUACCUCAGUGCAAAGCUAUCUAUGCUUAUGAAGCUCAAGACACGGAUGAAUUAACAUUUUCUGUGGAUGACACCAUAACUGUGAUUAAGCAAGAUCCAUCUGGAUGGUGGCUUGGGAAACUGAAAGGGAAGGAAGGACUGUUUCCAUCAAAUUAUGUUGAAAUUAUCUAAACCUACUGAUUGUUUCAUGCCAAGUUUAGAUACUGAAAAUGACAUCCUAAUAAGGAGUUCUUUCCCCUGCAUCCAUUUUGACACUUGAGAGCUGUUUAAUUUAAACGAUCAUUCCAAAAAUGAUGAAUUGUCUUAAUAAGUCACAUGAACUUUGUAUAUCCUGCUUUUCGUAGAUAAAUAACUGCAAAAUUGUCAUCCAAAAGUAGAGAUAAUUGACAUCAUUUUUCAAAUUAUGAAAUUCUCUUUUUAUUAGAAACUUUACAAUCCAAUAUUUCUAGAGUAUUGACUUCAAAUUGAUAUUUUUUUUAUCAAUCUAUUAUUUAGCAAUUAGCUAAGAAAAUUUUUGUUAUAUGUAAUUUUGCUGGAACUGUUUUUUAUUAUAAAAUAAACCUGUUUUAUCUUAAAUUCAGGACAUGAAAAGUUUUACUUGAAUAUAAACUAGAGCUUAUUUUAUUUUUAAAGCAGUAAUCUAUUCAUGAUUUUUUGGAUUUUAAGUAAAACCUAUCAAUUUUCAAAAUUUUGAACACCAGCAAAAAGAAAAAUAAAUGUAUAUGAUAUUAUGAUUUAAAUAAUGAUGAUUCUUAAUAUUUUCUUAAUUUUAUUCAUUGUUACCUCCCUAGAUAAAUUUUUUUCUUUAUUUAAUUUAUUUUAAUAAUUAUUUUUAGUAAUAAUAAUAUCACAAAUUUGAAAUCUACAAGGUUCACUACACAUAUCUGUGAUAUUUCUAUUUGUAAGUUAAAUGGGGAGUUAAAAAAAUGUAUAUAUUUAUGUAAAAUUUUACAUGUAUGAUAAUAAAAAUAUUUUUUAUGCAUUAUAAAACUUUCUACCCAUUUAUUACUUUUAAAUUAAUAGGUGCUUGUAUUUUUUGUGAUUUAUGUGCUACCUUUAAUCAAAAGGAAUUUUUACAGUACCAGUAGGUGCCUUUAGUAAUAUGAUAUCUAGCACAAUUAAUUGAGCUUUAAAUUAAUUUUUGAUUUUUCAUCUUCGUAUUGCAUUAUGUAGAUCAAAUCAUAAUUCAAUAGCAAUUUUAUACGAAUAUGUUUUUUAUACUGUACAAAUAUCCUACUAGUCUGUA